CGCACCCACCCGGAGCGCCUCCUCUUCUCCAGCGUCCGAUCCCCAUUCCCCACCUCUCCUCCCUCCGCCGCCAGCUCCCGCCCCCUUCUCUCCCCUCCUCGCCUCCCCGCGCGCGCGUUUUUAUAAGGGUUUCGGCGGAGGCGCCCGGUCGCUGGCGAUGGCCGACGACGGCGGGAGCCACGAGGGCAGCGGCGGCGGCGGAGGCGUCCGGGAGCAGGACCGGUUCCUGCCCAUCGCCAACAUCAGCCGGAUCAUGAAGAAGGCCGUCCCGGCCAACGGCAAGAUCGCCAAGGACGCUAAGGAGACCCUGCAGGAGUGCGUCUCCGAGUUCAUAUCAUUCGUGACCAGCGAGGCCAGCGACAAAUGCCAGAAGGAGAAACGAAAGACAAUCAACGGGGACGAUUUGCUCUGGGCGAUGGCCACUUUAGGAUUCGAGGAGUACGUCGAGCCUCUCAAGAUUUACCUACAAAAGUACAAAGAGAUGGAGGGUGAUAGCAAGCUGUCUACAAAGGCUGGCGAGGGCUCUGUAAAGAAGGAUGCAAUUAGUCCCCAUGGUGGCACCAGUAGCUCAAGUAAUCAGUUGGUUCAGCAUGGAGUCUACAACCAAGGGAUGGGCUAUAUGCAGCCACAGUACCACAAUGGGGAAACCUAAUAAAGGGCUAAUACAGCAGCAAUUUAUGCUAGGGAAGUCUCUGCAUUGCUUACCAUGUGUAUUGGCAGAAAACAGGAGGCACUUACAAAGGGUGUUAAUCUCUGCGAUGGCUGCCUCUCAGGUGUAAAUUGGCUUCGGUUUAGCGCUGCUUUUGUCCGUAUAUUUAGGAUGAUUUGACUGUUGCUACUUUUGGCAACCUUUUACAUUUACAGAUAUGUAUUAUUCAGCAUAAAUAUAAUAUAGUAGUCCUAGGCCUAAAUAAUGGUGAUUAACAUACCAAGUCUUUUAU